CCGGUUGCUUAAUCUGAUACACCCGAUCAAUCGCCUCAAUUCCUCUCAGUCUCCCAAACAUGGAGUCCCAACCUUCCUCCAAAACCCUGCACAACCGCAUCAACACGAACAUCUCCCAACUCCUCCAGCGCUUUGAGAACAUAAUGGCCACAGCCACGACCGAAAGCACAAGUCACACCUCGACGGCCGUCGAAACCUACCAACUCGACGUCGAAUCCACCGCCCUGGUCCGCGCAGCAGAAGAUAUUCUCGCGCUUACGAGGGUGAUGAAGGAGACGUGGCUGUUCGGGAAGCUGGAUACGUUGGGGGAGGACGAGGCGGAGGUGAAGCGGCGGGAGGAAUUGGAGCGGGAUGCGGGGGCGAUUCAGCGGGCGAUUGAGGAGGGGGGGCUUCUGAAGGCUGCUAAAUAGGGGGCUGGGGGAUAGUAUGGUGCAUUGGG